AGUUACUAGCAAGUAUAGAAAAAUAAAAAUAUAUAAUAUAUCCUUUAAAAAAAAUAUAUAUAUAAAAAAAAAUCUAAAAAGGGAGGAUUUGAGUUGAUCACGCAAAAAUCUUAAAAAUUCUCCUCUCUUUCUCUCUCCACAGUCCACACCUUAACUUUUAUUUUUUUUACCCCCCUUCCCCCCGCCCCUCCCUCUCCCCUUCAUAUAUUCUCCUUUCUCAUCCCACAAAAAAAUACUCCCUUCACUCACAACAUCAUCAAACUUAAAAUCAUACUCACUCCAUCCCAAAAAAAAAAACACAAACAUUUCCUUUCUUUUAUUUUCCAAAUGAGCCAUUUCUCCUUAAAUCUCCCUUCUUCAGAUACACUUUGGUACACCCCAACUUCAAUGGACCAACAACAACAACAACAACAACAACAAUCUUAUCAUACCCAUCAAAAAUCCUUACCAUUCUUUAAUUACCAUUCCUCUCUAUCUCUCUCCUCAUCACAUGACGUCGAAUCCGACAACAGCUCUUCUAAUAAUAACAACAACAAUAAUAACACCACCACAAUAACCACCAAUGUGGUUGACCGUUCCGAAACAACAUCUUCAACUUCAUCAUUUGAUAGAGAAUACAUGUUUGAAAAACCAUUAACACCAAGCGAUGUCGGAAAACUUAACCGUCUUGUUAUCCCAAAACAACACGCAGAGAAAUACUUCCCUCUCGCUAAUAGUAACACCACAUCAGAUGCAUCUGCCACCGUUGUCGGCGGCGAUAAAUCCGGUGGUGGUGGUGGAGGUGGUGGUGGGGUUUUGUUAGGGUUUGAAGAUGAGUCUGGAAAGUGCUGGAAGUUUCGAUACUCUUAUUGGAAUAGUAGUCAAAGUUAUGUGUUGACUAAAGGUUGGAGUCGGUAUGUUAAAGAGAAGAAACUUGAUGCCGGUGAUGUUGUUUUGUUUGACCGUCAUCGGUUUGAGUCUGACCGUUUUUUUAUUGGUUGGCGUCGACGUGGCUCCCCUCCGGUUCAUAAUCCCGGUCCACCUGCUCCGGUUCAAUUUAAUCAUAAUAAUAAUAAUAAUAAUCAUCAGAAUUAUGGUGUUGUGCAGUCUCAAGGGUUUAAUGGUGGUCCCCAUCAUCAUCAGAUUGCUUCCUUUCCGUCUUACCGACCUGACUGUCUUCAUGCAGGGACAGAAGUUAGGCAAAAAGGAAGGAAAUCAGGGGGUGGUAAUUCAAAAAGAGUGAGAUUAUUUGGGGUAAAUUUGGAAUGUCAAAUAGAAGAAGAAGAGGAAGAUAUUGAGGAACCUCAAACAUCAGAUGGGUCAUCUUUAUCAAGCCAAGGUCAAGGUCAGGUUGGGUCAGGUUCAGGUUUCGGCGUAAAUCCUGUCGCCUAUAAUUACUUUGACUACGUGGGUUAUCCUCCUAACAACAAUUACAACAAUCACAUGGACAUGAAUUUCCCACAAGAUGUCAACCAAAUGAGAAAUCGGCUAAGAUAAGAUUUACAAGGAUGUGACAUGUGCCCUCUAUUUGAACUUUGAAGCAACUUGCAUGAGGUCAAAGUUUACACAAGUAAAAUCCAAAAUACAAUAAAAAUUUGGAGGAUAUCAUAAGAAAGAAGAAGAAGAAAUGUUUUUUUACUGUUACAUCUGUUUUUUUGGAAGGUAAAAAAAGGAGAGAAAAUCCCUAAAAUUGAGGCAUAUUCUCUCCUUAUAACAUGCAUGUUGAUGUUAUAAUACGUUCUCCGUAACAAAAAGAACGCAACAAUUGAGUGUUAUUUGUCAGGUAUAAAAUAUCCGAUGGUUGUAUUCUUUACUUACGGAGAAAGUACUAUAAAUCUUUAGUAUAACAACAAGAAGAAGAAGAUGAAGAGUGUCUCAAAAACCAAAGGAAUGGAGGAGAUUUUGACAACACAAGUGAAGAAGAAGGUAUGGCAUUUGAAAAGUGGGUCCCAUUUUUAUGACAAAGAAAAUGGCAACUGCUAUGUGCUAAGUACAAAUUGCCCAUUUCAAACACGUGGCAUUUUGGGUUACUAUCUUCCAAUUUAUCCAUUGCCUGAAGAAGUGAAGAUUUUUCUACUCAGGGAGGAUAAUAAAGAAAAAAGAAAAAAAAAAUAUAUUUGAGGCUAACCUUAUCUAGUGAGAAUUCUAAGUUUACUUGUAGAUUUAUUUUGGUCUUGUUUAAUUUUUUUUUUUCAUGCUUUAUUUUUUUUUUUAUUAAAAAGGUUAUGAUAUUUCUUGGAAAGAUUUAAGAAUUGUUGAAAUGAAUAUUUGCAAGAAGGAA